UAAUACAUACCUUCCUCCUCCACCCGGCACAUCUCUCUCGAUGGUAGCUAGUAUUCGCAACUAGCCCACCAUUCAUCUCAACAAGUACCAUUUCCACCGUCGAAAAGGUCACCAUGCUCCUCGUCCCCGCCGAAUUUUCCCCAGUCGCCAGUCUUACAUCGUCAACCGGUUUUAUCGUACGUGAAGGAUCCGCUACGGACUCUUCACUCUAGCUUGUCUCCUCCUCCCUCGAUCAUCUCGCUCCGCAACGGCGUCUGCUGUUGCAUGAGCCUGUAUCUAGUCAGAAGGUCUCACAGUCUAUAACGGUUUAUCGGUUUGGCUUUGUACAGACGGCGACUGGAGUUUUGACGAAUCACAACUUCACCACCCUCGAACACCCCGAAGAUGAAUUGCGGCGAGAAUGAUUCGCCGCCUUACAUAUCUGCAUAUCAAAAUGGUCCAUACAGCUCUUCUGUAGCUUCCUCCGCCUCCUCCUCGACCGCCUCUAUCUGGUCCGAUGCCUCCUCCCAAUCCUCGGACGACUCCUCAAAUCCCGACCCAGACCUUUCCGAAACAUACUGCUUGACUUCAAGUCAGCCAGCACCUUCCUUUACAACUUCCAGCAAUGCCUGCGAGCAAGUUAUUGCCGUUGCGGCAUACUAUCCGAAGCACAACACCAAUGUCGAAGUUGGACAAGAACAGCGACAACACCCUAGAAGAACUAGUGUCACAGCACGUUCAGGGUGUCCACCUUCGUUAGUCCGCCAAUGCGAUCGUAAGGUCAGCUUUGUCGACAGCCUCGUCGAUUCUUCAGCCCAGAUUGUCGAGGCAAUCUGGCCCCUCUCAUCCGUCCCUUGCAGAAGCGAGAUGGGAAACAAAGGGGUUCUUCCUUUACGUACAUUCAUUCAAGAGACUCUUCGACGAUCAAGGACAAGCUACUCGACCCUGCAAGUAGCCUUGUACUACCUGAUCUUGAUCAAGCCUCACGUUCCAAAACACGACUUUACCAUGGAGCAGCCUGACGAUGCACACUCCAUUCGUGCUCUGCAGUGCGGCCGUCGCAUGUUCCUUGCAGCUCUUAUUCUCGCUUCAAAGUAUCUCCAGGAUCGUAAUUACUCCGCUCGCGCGUGGAGCAAGAUUUCAGGACUUAACACUCUGGAGAUCAACCAAAACGAAAUGGCAUUCUUAUUAGCUGUCAACUGGCAGUUGCACAUAACCGAACCCGUCUUCCAACGCUGGGCCGAUAUCGUUCUUAAAUACACACCAACGCAACCACCUUCUCCAGGCUCCGGUUGUUCACGAGGCCUCGCUGAACAAUCGGCUGAUUGGAAGUCAAUCAUUCUUAGGCUCAACCCCGAGUUGGAUAACAUUGAUGGGAUUGUACCAUCGACAUCUGCGAAGGCAAAUGUCAAAUCUAUUAGCGCGACCUGCCCACGAUCUUUCGUGCCUAUGGUUACCGAUCGCAACACCUUUGGAUAUGGUUCCAAUGAAUCAACUCCAACUCCAAAAUAUUAUACACCCAGUGUGAUGGAACCAUCACCAUCCACUGCUUACCCUCCUAGCAAGCCUGCGCCCGCUCUUGGUCUGUUACCUACACCAAGACUGACUCCACAGAGCACCGGAUUCAACACUCCUGCAGUGAGUGCCGCUUCCUACAUGCUCAGCAAAAGUUCCAUGGGGUAUGCCAUGGCCCAAGCUUCCAGCAUCUCUGCUGCGCAAGUCAACGAGAAGUGGCAACCACAAUUGUCAUCUUCACCUCAGUCAUACGUCUCUCAACGUCGCUCGUCACUGGCCAAUUCGGUCUCUUCGAUGUCGUCGCCAGAAUCAAUGGUAUCGGAUAACUCGUCCCGAUCGUCUCGUUCAUCCUCGAUCUCGUCGGCUUCGUCACUCGCGUGCGCGCCCAUCUCGUCCAAGCUGGACGUCCAAGCGCGCUGCCGGUAUGCGAAGCUCUGCAGUGAGAGACAGAACAGGACCAUCAUUGCUACAGUUCCCGAAGCAUACUGCGACAAUGGCCCAACUUCAUCACCAGAGUCCUACACCGGACCUGUUGGGAAAGAUUUCCUCGACUUGUCAUUGGACACCCCAUUGGCAAGACGAGAAGCAGAUGACUACUUCUCCAAGGAUGAGGAAGCAGCACGUGCCUUGCAGGAACUUCACAAUCAUCCAAGAUCUGUGGAUUCUCCAAGCAGAGCUGGUGCAAAGCGUAGCCGAACACACUCUAUUGACAAUACUCUUCAGGAGAAUGUUAGAGAGAUGUUGAGCGGUCGCUAUCAUCCAAGCGAGAGUAACUGGUCUGAUGACUUUGUCCGUACUCGCGCUUCGCGAGCCAUGGACACUAGCUCGAACGCCCAAGUUGCUAUUUCUCGCUCUACGUCAAAUGCGUCUCUCGGACGAAAGAGAGUCUGUUGCUCAACAGAAGCUACUCGGGGACUACCCCAACAUUAUCAUCCAACACUUGGUUUCGGCAAGCCAGGCAUGUGGGAGGGAAUCCUCUAAUUACUUUUGAAAAUAACCUCGCCCUAUACAUAGUCUUCACCACCACACCAAUUGUCAUAACAGUACCCAAUAUUUUCUUUUGUUCCAAAAUCGGGGCCUCUAUUCAUCAGGGUUGCAUUUACAUUGCCUGGACUGCGUUCGUUGCGUUGCAUAUCUCAUCAUCGGGCGGGAGCUAGAAUUGUCCAUACAUAACACACACCACACUGUUUUGGAGUCUAAUUCUGGUAAAACCUUCCAUAGAUGGAUGGGAUCUG